CCUAAGAAACUUCCGCAAGCUCCAAAGAAACGAGAGUUCCGUAAUCAUUUUCUCUUGUUGUUCCUGAUCGCGUUGCUCAAGCGAAAAAAUGGCGUCGUUUGAUGAAGCACCACCAGGAAACGCCAAAGCCGGUGAGAAGAUCUUCAGGACCAAGUGUGCUCAGUGUCACACCGUCGAACAAGGCGCCGGUCACAAACAAGGACCAAAUCUAAACGGUCUCUUUGGAAGACAAUCUGGUACAACUGCUGGUUACUCUUACUCUGCUGCUAACAAGAACAAAGCUGUCGACUGGGAAGAGAAGACCUUGUAUGAUUACUUGCUCAACCCCAAGAAGUACAUACCAGGUACAAAGAUGGUGUUCCCUGGGCUAAAGAAGCCGCAAGACCGCGCUGAUCUCAUUGCGUACUUGAAGGAAUCUACUGGGCCUAAGUGAUUCUAAUGGUGGAUUCUGAGUUGUUGAGUCUCUCAGAUGGGUACUUUUUUACUUUGCUAUAUUCUUUUGACAAAUAAAAUCUCAAACUUUCUUUUGUUAUCAUCAAUUACGUUCUUGGUGGGAAUUUGGCUGUAAUGUGUGCUGAGUCUCACUUUUGAGUACAUUUGAUUUUCUGAGGCUCACUUUCCUUUUUCUGUCUAGAAGCAUUUUCUCACA